AUGGAGCUGAGUCAAGGAGACUGCGGUGGCGAGGAAGCAGUUCAAGCAGCAAGGUUAUAUCUAGGAGACACGUAUAGUUGGUCUACUACUGGAGUUCAGCAAGGAAUCCCAUUGGGACCACUUCUCAUUGCCCUUGUGUUGCAACCGCUCUUGCAUAAUAUUAGAGACAUUUGCAAGCUUCUUCUCCAUGCAUGGUACCUUGAUGAUGACACACUUAUUGGAUAUUCUGAGGAGGUAGCCAAAGCGUUAGACAUCAUUAAGGUUAUUGGCCCAAAAUUGAGCCUUCAGUUGAAUAUCAAGAAAACGAAGCUCUUUUGGCCCUCGUAUGAUGGUAGGAAGCUACGUAAGGGGCUAUUCCCGGUUGGCAUCGAGAGGCUGCCAUUGGGGGUGAAACUUCUCGCUGGAGCUGUUAGUAGAGAUGCUAGUUUCAUUAGCAGUUUAGCCAUAAAGAGAACAAAAAAUGUUGUGAAUUUGAUGCGCCUUCUUCCACAGUUCUUUGAUAUGCAAAGUGAGCUCCUUCUACUUCGGUCUUGUAUGGGUAUUGCUAAAAUUUUCUUUGGGCUGAGGACGUACCAACCCGUUCACAUGGAGGAGGCGGCGUUGCUCUUCGAUAAUGGGUUGCACAGGGAGAUUGAGGAUAUUGUGGUUUGUGGUGGCCCUUUCUUUGGUGACAUACAGUGGCGACUUGCUUCCCUACCCAUUCGGUUUAGUGGUUUGGGUUUAUACUCGACAGUAGAGGCUACCUCAUAUGCUUUUGUUGCCUCAAGGGCCCAAUCUUGGGUAGUGCAAGACCACAUCUUACGGGAUAGCGACAUUUAUGGUAUGUAUUUUGAUUAUGCGUGCGCCUUAGCUUCUCUUCGUAAACAGCUUCCGGACAUUAACCUUAGCAGUUUUUCUACUAAGGACACCGCCCCCUAA